AUGGACAGCGAAGUGCAAAGGGAUGGCAGGAUCCUGGAUUUGAUCGACGAUGCGUGGAGGGAAGAUAAAUUGCCGUACGAGGACGUGGCUAUCCCGCUGAAUGAGCUUCCUGAACCAGAGCAAGACAAUGGUGGCACAACCGAGUCUGUGAAAGAGCAAGAAAUGAAGUGGACAGAUUUGGCCCUCCAGUAUCUCCAUGAAAAUGUUCCACCCACAGGAAACUAG